CUCUGUGGAAAAGAAACAGAAGGAAAAAAUGAAGUACAUAUUGCUGAUAUGUUUCAUGACUUUCUUACCACACUGUGCUGGGAAGCCUGUGAGAAGAGGUGUCAGUUACCCAAAGACAUUUGAAGACAUAAAAAAGGAGAUAGCUGGCUACAGAGAUAUUGCUAAAGCUAUUAUUGACCUUGCUGUCCAUGGAAAAGCUCAGAACAGAUCCUAUGAAAGACUGGCAGUUUUUGCUGAUACCAUAGGGCCUAGACUCAGCGGUUCGAAAAAUCUAGAGGCAGCCAUCAAGUACAUGGUCAGUGCCCUGCAGGAGGACAGGCUGGAGAAUGUGCACCUGGAGCCUGUGAAAGUGCCACACUGGGAAAGAGGAGAAGAGUUUGCAGUGAUGCUCAAACCAAGGAAUCACAGCAUUGCUGUUCUGGGACUUGGGAGCAGUGUUGCUACUCCUCCAGAAGGAAUUACAGCAGAGGUCAUUGUGGUCACCUCCUUUGAUGAACUACACAGAAGAGCUCAGGAGGCCAAGGGGAAGAUUGUUGUCUACAAUGAACCUUUCAUCAGUUAUGGUGAAACUGUGAGAUACAGAUCGCAGGGAGCGGUGGAAGCUGCUAAGGUGGGAGCUGUGGCAUCCCUCGUUAGAUCUGUUGCUGCCUUCUCUAUAGACAGCCCACACACAGGGUGGCAGAGUUACCAGCCUGCUGUGCCCCAGAUUCCCACUGCUUGCAUCUCCGUGGAAGAUGCUGAAAUGAUGUCACGAAUGUCUCUGAGGGGCUCCAAGAUCAUUGUGCACCUGAAGAUGGGGGCAAAGACCUAUCCAGACUCUCCUUCCUUUAACACUGUGGCAGAGAUAGUUGGAAGCAAGUACCCAGAGCAGGUUGUAUUGAUCAGUGGACAUCUGGAUAGCUGGGAUGUUGGGCAGGGAGCUAUGGAUGAUGGUGGUGGAGCAUUUAUAUCCUGGGAAGCAUUGUCACUCAUUAAGGAUCUAGGCCUUCGCCCCAAAAGGACACUGCGUGUGGUGCUGUGGACAGGAGAGGAGCAAGGAGGAGUAGGUGCCCAGCAGUACUAUCAGCUGCACAAGGAAAACAUCUCCAACUUCGAUAUCGUGAUGGAGUCUGAUGAGGGCACCUUCAGGCCAUCUGGCCUGGGCUUUACUGGCAGUGCUGAAGCUCGGGACAUCAUGAAGGAGGUCAUGGCUCUGCUGCAGCCCAUCAACGCUACAGACCUUUACGAUGGCGCCGACGGAACCGACAUUGCCUACUGGAUGAGAGCAGGGGUGCCUGGUGCCAGCUUGCGUGAUGACCUCAGUAAAUACUUCUGGUUUCAUCAUUCUGAAGGGGACACGAUGACAGUUCAGAAUCCAAACCAGAUGAACCUCUGUGCUGCUGUUUGGACUGUGGUCUCCUAUGUAAUUGCUGACAUGGAGGAGAUGUUGCCAAGGUAA